CUAAUAUAUAAAGUAGUUUUAUAACCCACCUUUUUAUCAUCAAAUUAAGACUAUCAGAAAAGUACUUUAGAAAUUUUUACAGGAGUUUAAAAAAACCGAAUUGAUCUUCUAAAUUUUUUCCUCCUGGUUCGGGAUCUAAACUGUCUCCCCUGCCUCCCGAUGCUGGUUUCAAAUACGUCAAGAAACGAAGCGCCUGGUAGAAGUUGGUCUUCACGGUGAGUGAUUUGGACCAGUGAACAAAUCUACAUGUAUGUUUUCACGGGGAAUUGUCGUGAUUGUCCCGAUCCGAUCAGGUAUCUAUUGUGUAUGAAAUACGCAUCUGUACCUCUUUGCUAUGAGUGUGGAUAAUCUGAGGAAAGAAAGCACAAUUCCGAUAACAGAACGAUCAAAUGAACUAACAUCUGGCAUCGAUGUCGCCACUGCAAGUGACAUUGUGAGAACUCUACGUCAAUGCGACUCGCAAAUAUUCUCUGGUUGGAAACACUUUCCAAGUAUCUACGAUGAAGAGGUAAUCACUGCUAUGGACAGAAUAGCACAGAAAGCAACAGAAAUGUUAAAAGACAGCAGUGGUGAGACAGCCAUCGUCUUGAGUGGUUGCGGUACUUCUGGAAGGCUCGCGUUUAUCUUGGCUCAGAAGUUUUCGCAGCUUGCCAAAACUCAGCAGUUGCCAGUGUGCUAUGAAUAUCUUAUCGCAGGGGGAGACAUUGCUCUAUUUACAUCCCGGGGAGCAUCUGAAGAUGACUGGAAAAAAGGCCAACAAGAUUUAAUAGAGGUGUCCCGUAACAAGAAGAGUGUCUUGUUUAUUGGAAUAAGUUGCGGUCUGUCGGCGCCUUAUGUAGCUGGCCAGUUGGACUACUGCAUGAGGCACCCAGAUAUCUUCUUUCCUGUUCUUAUGGGAUUCAAUCCGGUCAACCAAGCAAGGCAGAUUAUUCUAGAGGGAUGGGAUAAGUCGUUCCUUGAUGUUGCCACUGCGCUAGGAGAAUUUAACAAAAUCAUCCUCAAUCCAGUUAUUGGCCCAGAAGCCAUUACUGGUUCAUCACGUAUGAAAGGAGGAAGUGCCACCAAAAUUCUCUUGGAGUGCAUAUUAUGCAAAGCUCAUGCCACACAAGCCCAGCCUGCAGCAUUGGUAGUUAGUAAUCUACCUCAAGUGCUUAUGAUGUAUGAGAGAAUGUACAGGAUAACAUAUCUCGGUUGUCACAGCAUAUCCAGAGCUAUUGAACUCACUGCAGAGAGCUUAAAGAGCAAUGGUCAUGUGUACUACAUUGGAUGGGGGUCAUUGGGAGUCAUGGGCCUAUUAGAUGCCUCUGAGUGUGUCUCUACAUUUAGUGCAAACUUCAAUGAUGUUAGAGGAUUUCUACAAGGAGGUUACAAUACACUUGACAACAAGGAAGGGGAACUCUUACUUGAUGGAUCAAGAAAGCUGUGUAUUUCACUGGAAGAUUUUCAAAGCAACGUCUUGCCUGAACUGACAUUACAUGACACUGUAGUCUUUAUUUGCUCUGAUAGUAAAGAAAUUGAAAAAAUCCGAGUAGUUAUCAAUCUGAUGGAUGAGAAAGGAGCACAUGCAAUUGGCAUCAUUUCUGAGAAGGAAGUUGCAUUAAGCACUCUUUUCACUGAGUGUCUUGUUCCAGUCAUUACUAGUAAUUUAUCUGGACAGAAAAACCUUUUUGAAGAAUUUCAUUCUAUGUCAGUAUUGUUUGCUGAUUUUUUGAAAGAGUGUUUUGUGGAAAUAUCUGUAAAGUGGAUUCUCAAUGCAGUUUCAACAGGGGCUCAUGUGUUAAAAGGCAAGGUUUUUAGAAAUUUCAUGAUUGAUGUCAAAGUUGGGAACAAUAAGUUGUUUCAUCGUGCAGUGUCUAUAGUUUCAACCGUAGCUAAGAUUGAUAAGGUAGGAGCAAAACUUGCUGUUUUGCAAGCAAUAUACAGAGUGGAUAUCAUAGAUGAUGUUCUCUGUCGACAGGUUUCUGAACAUGUGGCUUACGGCACUGUAAUGGAUCAAGUGGUGCCUGUUGCAGUGCUAGUGGCCACAGGUAAGUUUGAUGUCAGCUCUGCUGUGGAAAUCUUAAAAACAAACACCAUUUCUCAUCUACUUAGAAAUCUUGGUCUUGCGUAUUGUACUGAUCUAAUAGGAUCAAGAGUCACAGAUAUUCAAUGAGAUUUCAAGUUACUAGUAAAUCACUAUGAGCUCAAAAAGGGAUUUAAGUCAUUCAAAUAAUUCAAAUGAAAAGAGACAAUGGAAAACAACACCGCAAAGUCUAUCCAUAAUUUUUUGAGGGGAAACUUCACUUAUGAGACUCAGAUGCAGUUGUUACGUUAGCUAUAUUCUAGUGAGAGACGAUAACUUUUCAACUCCAUGAUCGACAUCAAAUUUUUCUUGGAAAUAGUGAUACAUGUAUCUUCAUGAAUAAACUGUUGCCUGCAUCAUGCUAUUCACCAAUGUCUGAUGACAAGGAUUACACAACUACAACUGCUCUGAAUAUUGUACUUUACUUGAUGAAGACCAAAUGAACAAGAAAAGAUUAAAAUAAGUAAAGGAUGAA